AAACGCUGUUAGCCGUUUCUUUCAGGUGCCUUUAUCCCACCCCGUCGCGUCGCGUUACUACCACCUGCAGCGUGAAUGUCCAGCUAGGAAAACACAGCAACACAGCAAGAUGCGAUGAAUGGGCACUGGUCAUCCACACGGCUACCAUUGGGCACUAUGCAACCAUGGCCAACAAUCAGCGCAACCGAGUGUCGAAUGCCAUCGACAGUCUGAUCACGCACCUGGUGCCCAGCAUUCCCGGCGAGAACGAACAGAGGGCCCAAGAGAGACACGAUGCCUGCUUCGAGCUCGUCCGGACCAUGCUCGAGCGCCCGGACUCGCCUGCCAUCUCAUCCGACGUCAACCACGCCUCAGACCUCAUCAAGCGCAAGUUGAUCCAGAGCAACCCCAGUCAGGCCCUGAGGUUCUCGAAUCUUUACACUAGGCUGCUUUCGCUGCCAGUUCUUAACCAGAAGUGGGCGAUCCUAUACCUGCUGUACAAGCUCUCCGAUUCCCCGGAUGCCAACGAGCCCCUACCGCUGAGCCCGGCGCAACGAGGCCCCCCUGGUCCUGUCGAGAAAGAGAGGCGCUCCAGGGCGUCAACGGUCGUCGGCGCACCCGAGGAUGAGUCCGUCCGCGAGGCGUUUGCCCCGGGCGGGUUGAAGAAGCUCCCCACGGAGAAGCCGAAGCGCAGCCAAACGGACGAGAGACCGCCCACGGAAGCCCCCGCCGACAGUCCUCCGAAGAAGGCCGGAAGGGAUGUCUCGACAAAGCCGGCCCAGCCGGCCGAGAUCUCUGACGAGCUUGCGCCGUCGGAGAUGGCCCUCUUGAGAGAUCUACCUUACACUCUCCAAGGGCUCUCGUCCACCACGCUUUCUUUUGCCAAGGAUACCGCCCUGAAGCUACCCGCCACACUGCCCAUUCCCAUUAUCUCGCUCUUGCAUACGCUCGCCGAGCCUUCGUUACUGUACAGAGGACUCGCAUCUUUUGCGAAAUCGCCGGCCAAGGGGCUGCUGGGCCAGAGUCUGCGUGCCGCCAUCAACAAUGAGCUGCGGUCAUAUCUCACCCUUGUCGCAACCCUCGAAGGCCAAAUACGGCGAGCGCUCUCUUCUCUCGACGAAUCUGCGCCUCGCGGCGGGAUUGGCAAGGCUGGCGUGACCCUGAAGCGCUGCGUGGUCUGGACCCGCGAGGCCACCAUGGGCCUACGGCUGAUGUCUCUCAUCGCCGAGGAGAGCAACACCAAGCAUGGCGGGCAGCUGAUCAGCAUGAUCCACGGUUUCUCUACCUCUCACGGAGACCCGGUUGUAGCCGCGUUUGCUGAGCGACUCCUCGCCGACGUCACGCGACCGUUCUACGACAUUCUCCAGCGCUGGAUCUAUGACGGGGAGCUUUCGGACCCGCAUCUGGAAUUCUUCGUCAGGGAGCAGAGCGCCAGCGACGAGAAUCGGAAGGAAUCCAAGGCCAAGGGUCAGGCCAGUGUUUGGAACUCCAAGUACGAGGUCGUUGACGCCAUGGUGCCGAGCAUCAUCACGACCGACUUCGCGCAGAAGGUGUUCUUGAUAGGAAAGUCGCUCAACUUUAUCCGCCAUAGUUGCGGUGACAGCCAAUGGGUCGACGCAUACAGCAAGUCUUCAUCCAAGCAACUAAGCUACGGUGACACGGCAACGCUCGAGAAGUGGAUCGACGAAGCGUAUAAGACAACAAUGCGGCGCCUGAUGCACCUCAUGAGCAACCGCUUCCAUCUCUUCGACCACCUACAAGCGUUGAAGAAUUACAUCCUCCUCGGGCAGGGCGAUUUCAUUGCGCUGCUGAUGGAGUCACUUGCGGCAAACCUAGACCGGCCAGCCUUUGCGCAGUACCGCCACACCCUGACAGCGCAGCUGGAACAUGCCAUCCGAGGCUCCAACGCCCAGUAUGACAGCGACGAAGUCCUCAGGCGGCUAGAUGCCCGCAUGCUACAGCUCAGCCACGGUGACAUCGGCUGGGACUGCUUCACUCUCGAAUACAAGAUCGAUGCGCCCGUCGACGUGGUCGUCACGGAGUGGGGCAACCGGCAAUACCUCAAGGUGUUCAACUUUCUAUGGCGCGUCAAGCGCGUCGAGUUCGCCCUCGCUUCCACCUGGCGCAAGUGCAUGACCGGCUCUCGCGGCGUUCUCCAGACCUCGGACGAGCAGGUCCUCCAGAUCUGGCAGCGCACCCGCGGCACGCUCGCCGAGAUGGUCCACUUCGUCGGCCAGCUGCAGUAUUACAUCCUCUUCGAGGUGAUCGAAUCCAGCUGGACCGAGCUCCAAAAGAACAUCCGCAAAGAGGACUGCACGCUCGACGAUCUCAUCACCGCGCACACACGGUACCUCACGGCCAUCACGCACAAGGGCUUGCUCGGCGCCCGCCGGCGGCAGUACCACGAGUCCCUGAAAGAAGCCGCCGCGCGCGAGGGCCGCGACCCGGCCGAUCUCGCGGGCGUGUCGGAGGACCGCAACUCGUAUAUGGUCCAGCUCAGCGAGCUGCUACGCACCAUGCUCGCCUACCGCGACUGCGUGGACGGCCUGUAUAGCUGGUCGCUCUCCGACUUCACCCGGCGGCAGGAGGCCGACGCGGUGGGGAUCAUGCGCAGGGCGAAGAGGCCCAAGCUGUCAUCGUCCGGCCACCAUCAUCACCCGUCAGGAGGCGGCAGCGGCAGCAUGGAUCUCGACAACGACCCGUUCACCACCACUUCCUCCGCUGGCAGCGGGCUGGGAGCUAAUGAUACCAACGAUCCAAAGUCGGAACUGCCCGCGCUCCAAGAGCGGCUGACACAGCUGGGUUCCAGCUUCCGCACCAGACUGCAGAUCCUGCUGGGCGACCUGGCGUACCAGCCGGAUGUCGAUAUGCGCUUCCUGGGCGUGUCGAUGAAUUUCAAUGAUGUGUAUCAGCCAGUGAAGCGGAAGAGGUCUGCAGCAGCGUCAUCGGGGAGCGCCGGCGCCCAGGCUCAGGCUCAAGCUCAGCACGGUGCAGGGGGAAGUGGAUCGGCAGCUGCGGCGGCGAAUACGUCUCGGGCAUAGGGGCUCAAGGUGAGCACGCCGAAGACGCCUGUGGCACAAGUCAUUCACUCGGCUUAGCGGUUUAUCUUACGGGGUCGGGUAGUGUUUAGGUUGGUUUGUUCGGGCGUUAGGAGCGUUUUGGGUGCUGGGAGGGGAAGGGGAAUGGAAAAGGUCGUGAGGGACGGGAAUGAAAGUUCAAGGGGGUAAGCAUAACUGAGAUAUGAAUCAAGCUUUGCAUUCUCUGGC